ACUUCUUUGGGUUCCAAAUCAAUUACAAAUCAAGCUUCUCGAGAACUAUGAUGACAUUUUGUCCGGUUGCACAUGAGUUUUGUCUAUGUCGUUGAAUCUUUAGGUAAAUUAUUGAUGUCUUCCAAGAAAAGCUGUUAAAGAUAACUUUAGUCUCAACAUGAAAAACGAAGACGAUUUUUCCAAGCCCCCUAAAGGCAACUUUGUUGAUGGGUUUGGACGGGGAACAAUUGUUCACGCCGGGAAGAAUGAGAUCCCACCUGGAGCCAUACUGAUGACAGACAGAGAUGUGAUUGACUACCAAAACACAAGAAUCCAGGCUUGGGAACCACAGUCUGAUGUAUGGUGGCACAGCCAAGGAAAAUUCCUCACCCUCCUAGCAUCCAACAUCACGGGCUGUCUCAUCACGCAGUAUUUCCGUAAAAAAUUUCGGCUCCAAUCAUAUGGCGUCAUCUUUACUUUCGCUCCUACAGUUGCGUUUCCUGCAUUAGCCUCAAUAUUUUUAAGCGAGCAUAUGCGCAGAAGUAUUUUAACUGUCCCCGAAUGUGUGUCAUGUUAUGAAAUUCGCGCAGGAAUUCUACAGACAUUAAGCUCAAGUUUCUAUUCAGCGCUUGUUGCACCGUGGCCGUGUGUGUACUACGCGAGGAAAUAUCAUACGUACCUCGCCCCUGAAAACACUUUCAAGCCCACAGUGAUGUAUGGGCUGAGGCCGUCUGUGAAGUCGUUCAAUAUUUUCCUGUUGUUAGUGAUCGCAAACUUUGGUGUGGGGUGGUAUGUGACUCACAAACAGGCGGAGGAAAUCGAUACCAUCACGGAAAAAGAGGUUCAUAGGGCAGCCAUUACUGUGUUAGAUAGCAUGAUAUAUAAUGAUCAUGAAAAAGAAAAAUAAUAGGCAGCGCUUCAUUAAUUUAUAGUUAAUUUCCAAUUUUGUACCCAGAUCAAUGGCAAAACAAUUUAUACGAUAUUUUUAUAUAACACAGUAUGCUUAUUGUAGUUAAAAAUAAUAAGGGGCUUUAUACAGAAACCUAUUUUUAUAUUAUUUCCAACAUUGUAUGAAGGUGACUUUUUCCAUCCAUGACUUCAUGUUUUAAUAUUCACAUGCUUACACAUUUGAGCCACAGUCUGGGAAAACAGGGCUUAAUGUGCAAAAAGUGUCAUCCCAGAUUAGCUUUACUGGAUUAUUGUUUAGAAGAGAUUUCUUUUAAUGAAAAUUUCAUGAUAGAAAAACUCAUCCCCUAUUAGCCUGUGUGGACUGCACAGGCUUAUCUGAGAUGUCACUACCCACAUGCAUAAAGCCCCAUUUGACCAGAGCCCAGAUCAUUUCUAUAGGCAAUAUCAAGCAUUUGAAGCAUAACCUGUAACAAAACACAGAUUUACAUGUUUGCCUCCCCUGUUGUACAAUACUGACAUUUACUCCAUGUGAAUGAAUAAUAGAAAUGAUAAAUGAAAUAUCUUUAAUAAAAUUGUUAAAGAUG